CCCCAAGGAAACAAGGGCUUUACAACGAAAGUACCAGGCCCCCUCACGAGAGGAAUGCAUGAACCCCCUUUCGAUACAGGGUGAUCUGUAAGCCUGUCCGGCUGGCACCCUGGUACUCCAGGUAGCUCCGCGAACGCUGGACUGAGAGGGGCUUUACUGCUAGCCUUAAAGGGUCGACCCGCAAAGGAGCCUCCGAUAGACUAGGCACCUAGGUCGUAGUAGCUGCUGCCAGAAACGUCGAUGAGCCCCUACUCAAAUUUGAAACCCAAACUAGGGAAAAGAAAGAGGAACAUCCUGCUCUCCCCACCUCCCACAUCCACCCCAGCGAAUUAGCUGUUCCCUUCCUCCUUCCUCCAGCUUCGGCGGACCACACGCCUUGGCCUGACGUCAGGCGUGGGCGGGGCGGAGGGCUCGGUGCUCUGCCUGUCUUGCCUGGCAAGCGAGGCGCCCCUUCACCCAGCCGUCGCAGUCGCUGUCCUGAGCCGGAGCGGAGCAGGCGAGACAUGGCCUCCCAGCCGCCGCCGCCUCCCAAACCCUGGGAGACCCGCCGAAUUCCCGGGGCCGGCCCUGGGCCGGGCCCCGGCCCCACUUUCCAAUCUGCUGACUUGGGCCCUACUUUAUUGACAAGACCUGGACAACCAACGCUUACCAGAGUGCCUCCACCUAUUCUUCCCAGGCCGUCCCAGCAGACAGGCGGCAACAAUGUGAACACUUUCAGACCUGCUUACAGUUCGUUCUCAUCUGGAUACGGAGCCUAUGGAAAUGCGUUCUACGGAAGCUAUAGCCCGUAUAGUUACGGAUACAAUGGUUUGGGCUUUAACCGCCUCCGAGUAGAUGAUCUUCCUCCCAGUAGGUUUGUCCAGCAAGCUGAAGAAAGCAGCAGAGGUGCCUUCCAGUCCAUUGAGAGCAUCGUGCAUGCGUUUGCCUCGGUCAGCAUGAUGAUGGAUGCCACUUUCUCAGCCGUCUACAACAGCUUCAGGGCUGUCUUGGACGUAGCAAACCACUUUUCCCGGCUAAAGAUACACUUCACCAAGGUGUUUUCAGCCUUUGCGUUAGUGAGGACUAUAAGAUAUCUUUAUAGACGGUUACAGUGGAUGAUGGGUUUAAGGAGAGGCUCUGAGAACGAGGACCUGUGGGCAGAAAGCGAAGGAACUGUGGCCUGCCUUGGUGCCGAGGACCAAGCAAAUAACUCAGCAAAAUCUUGGCCAAUAUUCCUGUUCUUUGCUGUCAUCCUUGGUGGUCCUUAUCUCAUCUGGAAACUUCUGUCUACACACAGCGAUGAAGUAACAGACAACACCAACUGGGCAAAUGGUGAGGACGACCAUGUAGUUGCUAGAGCAGAAUACGAUUUUGCCGCUGUGUCUGAUGAAGAAAUUUCUUUCCGUGCUGGUGAUAUGCUAAAUCUAGCCCUCAAAGAACAACAACCCAAAGUGCGUGGCUGGCUUCUGGCUAGUCUUGACGGUCAAACAACAGGACUUAUACCUGCAAAUUAUGUCAAAAUUCUUGGUAAAAGAAGAGGCAGAAAAACAGUAGAAUCGAGUACAAUGCCCAAGCAGCAACAGUCUUUUACCAACCCAACAUCAGUUAAAGGAGUUGCUACCACCAAUUCUUUGGAGGAACAGGAAGCUGCCUUUGAAUCUGUUUUUGUUGAAACUAAUAAGGUUGCCGGUACACCUGAUUCUACCGGGAAAAAUGGAGACAAACAAGACCUUUGAUGUGUUUCAUGUUUGCGGGCAGGUGAACAAUAUUUUAGAGUAUUUUUAAAAUUAUUUCUUACAGAGGAAUUAAUUUGCGGUUGAAUGAAAGCAUUUGCUCAUGGCUGUCCCGGGCGUUCUGCUGCUAGAAGUUAUGUAGUCACACGCUAGUUGCUGGUCAAGUGAUCUGGCUACACUUGAUUGUCUCUUGGACCAUGAGGACAUUUGUUUCACUUAGCUUUUAAGAUUGUGGAGAUAGUUGUCGGCUCCAUCUUAUCUCAAUCCCCAGGCUUAUUGGAUCAAUAAAUUUGAUGAACAAUAGAACACACAAGUUGCCUCAGAAGGGAUCACUAAUGCUUUUUAAAGUUCUGAGUUAGUUGACGUGAAGUCUUCAAAAAUUGAGUGAUAACAACUACUUAUAAGAACAGACAAAAGUCUAAAUUUUUAUAACAUUAUAAAGAAACUAAAUAAUAAAAAUUUUCUGAUCUAUA